GCCCCCCUGCGUCGCCGCAGCAGAGCAGCUGCAACCUGCUCCAGAAGGAAGACACGGCUGAUGAGCAGCGGCCAAAAGAGAAAGCGCGAUUUGAUCGCUUCCGCCUCCACUAGCCGCCCCGCCAUCCUUGGCGCCGGCCGGCCGGCCGCCGCCGCGCCGCGCCCUGGCCUCCCGGCGGCUCCGCUGCCACUGCGCGCUUCGCCGGAGCAGCUCGCGUAGGGCGGCACUGCCGGAGGCAGACGAGGAAGGUGCUGCUGCUCCUUCUGCCGCCCGCGUGGUGUGAGAUCCAUCCAGCUUGGAGGAGGAGGAAGAGGUCUUGGCUUCUAGACGUUGCGACCCAGAUCUUGAUGCAUCUGCUGAGAGUAGUUUACUGAUCUAGAGGAGGGGUUGGGUUCUUGACCCGAUUUGGUGGGGGCUUUGCCACUGGGAUAGGGGGACAGUUAGGCCUGCUGGAUCUUUAUCACCAGUUGUUGGUCCUGUCCUUUCCGUUGGCCUGGGAAGCAUUCACAUGCCGGUGGCCACCGGUUUGGUACUUUCUUGACGGAUUGGUUUAAGUGCUGUCUGUGGGGUUGUUGUGCUCCUCCUCCUUGCUUCUCAUUUGGUGGUGAUUGGUGGGGGGGAAGAAGAAGAGCUUGGGAAAACAAAAAGGAAGAGGAAGAUUUUCUCUCUUGUUUGCGGGUCAUUUCUCGCCGUGGCACGAUGAAGUAUAUGAAGCUUGGAUCAAAGCCCGAUGCCUUUCAGACAGAGGGCAGUAAUAUCAGGUUUGUUGCAACAGAGCUGGCAACGGACAUUGUUAUCUCCAUUGGGGACGUCAAAUUUUAUCUUCACAAGUUCCCUCUUCUAUCAAAGAGUUCGCGAUUGCAAAGAUUAGUGGCUUCAAGCAACGAGGAGAAAAAUGAUGAAUUGGAUAUCUCUGACAUCCCUGGUGGACCUUCAGCAUUCGAAAUUUGUGCCAAGUUUUGCUAUGGCAUGAUUGUAACACUCAAUGCAUACAAUGUCCUCGCUGCCCGUUGUGCGGCUGAGUAUCUAGAGAUGUUUGAGACAAUUGAUAAAGGAAACCUCAUAUACAAAAUUGAUGUGUUCCUGACAUCAAGCGUGUUUCGCACCUGGAAGGACUCAAUCAUAGUUUUACAGAGCACGAAGUCAUUGCUACCUUGGUGUGAGAAUUUGAAGAUAAUCAACCACUGCAUUGACUCUAUUGGAUCGAAGGCUUCGAUUGAUCCAUCAGAGGUUGAGUGGUCAUACACUUACAACAGAAAGAAACUUCCAUCUGAGAAUGGUAUUGAUUCUCAUUGGAAUGGUGUCAGGAAGCAACCGAUGGUCCCUAACGACUGGUGGGUUGAGGACCUUUGUGAGCUUGAGGUGGAUUUGUACAAGCGGGUGAUCAUGACCAUUAAGGCAAAGGGAAGAACACCGCCUGUUGUGAUUGGAGAAGCACUGAGGGCCUAUGCAUACCGGCGACUUCUUGGUUCCCUUGAAGAUGCUGUGAGUAAUGGAGUUGACUGCACGAAGCGUCAUGCAGCUCUCGAUGCUAUUGUAUUUCUCUUGCCCACUGAGGAAGGUUCAGUGUCAUGUGGUUUUCUUCUUAAGCUGCUAAAAGCUGCAUACUUGUUGGAAUCUGGGGAGUCCCAUCGCAAUAACUUGAUCAAGAGAAUAGGGGCACAAUUGGAUGGUGCUUCAGUUGCGGACCUUCUUAUACCAGUAAAUACAGAUGAAAACAGUGUAUAUAACAUAGAUUUGGUCAUGGCAAUAGUGGAGGAGUUCAUGUUGCAGAAUAGUGAUAAUGGUAAGGCGAAACUUCAAGAUGAUGAAGAAAUCGUAGAUGCUGAGAAUGUGAGUGUGACGACUGUUUCCAGCACGUCAAAACUGGCAGUUGCGAAGCUGAUCGAUGGAUAUCUUGCUGAGAUCGCCAAAGAUCCCAACCUUCCUCUUCCAAAGUUGAUGGCGCUUGCUGAAAUGGCGUCUUCUCUACCCCGACCAACGCAUGACGGGCUCUAUCGUGCCAUUGACAUGUAUCUGAAGGAGCACCCAAGCCUAUCGAAGAGUGAAAAGAAGAAAUUAUGCGGACUGAUGGACUGCAAGCAGCUCUCGCAGGAUGCAUGCAUGCAUGCUGUGCAGAAUGAGCGCCUCCCCCUGCGUGUGGUUGUGCAAGUUCUCUUCUUUGAGCAAGUCAGGGCAUCAGUUGCUUCUGCAAGGAGCGACCCUUCAGCUGAGCUACCAUCCGCUGUUCGCUCGCUUCUUCCCAGAGAGAAUGGCAACUCCAUUGGCAGCUCCAGGUCAGCGGCCACAACGACAACGGAGGAGGAGUGUGGGGUCCCGACAUCGAGUGACAUCAACUCUUUAAGGUCGAUGAGGCUGGCCAACAACAGCGGCGGCAGUGAGAGGAGCAGUGGCAGCAGUGACACGAACAAGAAUGGCGAUGACAAGAGCGGAGCAGGAAAGGCAAAGGGGAUGCUGAUGCCGAAGAAGAUACUGAGCAAGCUCUGGUCCGGCAAAACGAACGCCGGUGAGAACAGCAGCUCAGACACGUUGGAGAGCCCUGGGUCGGUGAACCCGGAGGAGGUGAAGUCCACACAGUCGCGGAUCACAAGGCGCUCGGUGUCCUAGUCGCCAGGGUUAAGGGGGGUCACAGCCAUAGUUUUGUUCUUGCUCUUGAUUUGCCUUCACUUAAGAGUAGUAGCAAUCUCAAAAUGUGGAGUACUACUACUGGCCUCACUUGUGAUAUCGCCAAUGAUGUUUUUUUUUAGCAUGGAAUGCUUGUAAUUGGAGUAGGAUUGGUCAUUGGCGAUGUUUUCAGCAAAGUUUCAGGGGUUAUUCAUGUGAUCCUUUCCCCACUAGGAAUACGAAGAAAGUACAGUUCUUUAUAACUGGUGUUUUUGAA